CAUUAUUUAUUUAGAAAAUUGCGUGAUUGGAGGGAGAGCCAAUAGAAAACUAAAGAAACAAGAACAACACAUUUAAGAAGAAAACCAAAAAAAAAAAGAAAUCAAGAAAGAAGAAGAAGAAUGGCCAUUAACGGUGACGAUAAGGUUUCAGGAGAAGAAACAGCUUCGUCGAACCUGCCGGUUAGAGUCUACGCCGAUGGGAUCUAUGAUUUGUUCCACUUCGGUCACGCUCGGGCCAUCGAACAAGCCAAGAAAUCGUUUCCGAACACGUAUCUGCUCGUAGGAUGUUGUAACGACGAGAUCACAAACAAAUUCAAAGGAAAGACCGUGAUGACAGAGUCCGAACGCUAUGAAUCUCUCCGACAUUGCAAGUGGGUCGAUGAAGUGAUUCCAGAUGCACCAUGGGUUCUCACCACCGAGUUUCUCGAUAAGCAUCAGAUCGACUACGUAGCUCAUGAUGCUCUUCCAUAUGCGGAUGCUAGUGGAGCUGGAAACGAUGUCUAUGAGUUUGUAAAGUCCAUUGGGAAGUUUAAAGAAACUAAACGAACAGAGGGGAUAUCGACAUCAGAUAUAAUCAUGAGAAUUGUGAAAGAUUAUAAUCAGUAUGUGUUGCGUAACUUGGACCGAGGAUAUUCAAGAGAAGAGCUCGGUGUCAGCUUCGUUAAGGAGAAGAGGCUUAGAGUGAACGUGAAACUGAAGAAACUACAAGAGAAAGUGAAAGAACAACAAGAAAAGAUACAAACCGUAGCAAAAACUGCUGGGAUGCACCGCAAUGAGUGGGUUGAAAAUGCUGAUCGUUGGGUUGCUGGGUUUCUUGAAAUGUUUGAGGAAGGUUGUCAUAAAAUGGGAACAGCCAUCAGAGAUGGGAUCCAGCAACGGCUACUGAGGCAGGAAUCAGAAGAUGCCGAAGAGGAUGAUGAGAGCGAAGAAAUUUCUGAUGAGGAUGAGGUUGCAGAAGGGGAUGAAAACUAUCAUGAUCAGGAAGGUUUCUUAAAUGAGAAGGGCAACACAGAGAAUGGGAUAGUGAUGAAAUGAGAGUUUUGGUUCAUCAUUCAAGAAUUUCCAGAUGCGGAAGACCAAGUGUAACAGAUUCCACAGUUAUGGACUAGAAUUUUUUAUUAUGUUCAAGUGAAUACAUGAAAACUUUACUUCCAAAUCUGUACUUGUUUCUGAGACUCAAAUGUCACUGAUGUAGAAUUUAUCAAUCACUCCAAAUGAUUACAUGUUGACCAUA